AUGCUUCCAGGUGACGAUCGCGUGAACGUUCAUCCUCAGUUAGCUGUGAUACACACGGUCUGGCACCGUGAGCACAAUCGCAUCGCCGACGAGCUUGCCAGACUGAACCGGGACUGGCCGGACGAGGUUCUGUACCAGGAGGCCAGGCGCAUCGUGAUCGCGGAGAUUCAGCACAUCACGUACAAGGAGUGGCUGCCGAUCCUGUUGGGCAGAAGGUUCACACGGGCCAUGGGUCUCGCCACGGGGAACAAUUACAGCCGCGGCUACAAUUCCGAUGACGAGCCGGCGGUCAGCAACGAGGCCGCCACCGCGGCACUGCGUUUCCUGAAUUCGCUGAUGCAGGGAGAGCUGAGCUUGCCGGACAAUUUCCGCCAGCAGAACAAGACGCUACAGCUGGCGGAGCAUUUCUUCAAUCCGCGCGUAAUCGAAUCGGAGGAGGUGCUCGACGGAUUGCUCCGCGGCCUCGCCACUCAGACCAGCCAGAGGAUGGACAUCAGUCUCAUUCCCGACAUGACAAGCAAAUUGUAUACCAGCAAUGGCAACGAUCUUGGCUUGGAUGCCGUCAGCCUGGACAUCGAACGUGGCCGCGAUCACGGCCUCCCUGGCUACAAUUAUUACCGUAGAUAUUGCGGACUUCCUGCCGCAAAGACUUUUGACGAUUUCCUGGACUUCAUCCCUACGGAGAUGAUGAGAAAACUGCGUACCAUCUAUUCCCAUCCCAACGACGUCGAUCUUAUCGUGGGUGGUAUGGCGGAGAGACCAGCGGACGACGGUAUGAUCGGCCCGACAUUCCGCUGUCUAAUUUACGAGCAAUUCUCCAGAUCCCGGCGUACCGAUAGGUUCUUCUACGACUCCGCGACGCAGCCGCAUCCCUUUACACCUGAGCAACUGGCUCAAUUGCGCAAUAUCACCUUAGCGCGGAUAUUCUGCGACAAUGGCGAUGACAUCACGCACAUGCAGCGCAACGUGUUCCUCAAGCCGCAGGCAGGAAACGAAUUGAGACGCUGCACGGACUUCGAGAAGAUACCCAGCGUGGACCUGUUCGCUUGGGCGGAGAGGGCGAAAGCGUAUCGUUGAAGUCCCUAUAUAAUUAAUUGACUGGUCACACAUCAAACGCGUCCGUUCGCCCGUAGACGUAUUAGGCGCGGGCUUGCGGAAGGAGGACGGCUCUCCACGGCGAGCGCGCGCGGAAAAUGCGGGCGCGUAGAAAAGGCGACUGUGCGGGACCGUGUGCGUGAAAUAGCAUCUCGUCAGAAUCGUCGCAAGUGCCGUCGCGGCGACGACGAUAUGUGUCGCGCGGCGCGCGCCGUGAAUGAAGUAAUUGAGGGCAGUUAAAAGAGAAGCAGAACAGAGAGCACAACAGCGGGGAAAAACACGUGACUGGUCGAUUAAAGAAGAAGAUGCUCAGCGGCUGGAAUUGAGACUGAAUGGACGCAGGUGCGAACCGAACGACUGCAAGUGAACACGAAACGGAUGAAACGGUCGAUUUUCCGGUGUGUUGGGAAAAAUUAAAAAAAAAAAAAAUUGGCAAAAGUUAAAGUUCCUUUCGCGAUCGACCGACUAAUUCGCUUGCAGGACUACAUUUCGCGCGCGCGACGUUUCGAUAUUAUUAUAGUCUGCAAUACACGUGUAAGCGCAUCCGUAUAGACAGUCUCUCGCGUGCAUACGAUUGAGACGAAUGUGUGUGGAGAGAAGAAUUAGUGAGGACGCGCAACGAGGAUGUUAUCGGCGUAAUUUAUGUUUCCGUAUAUACAUAGACAGUUGUACCGAGCCGAGGCCGAAGUUGAAGAACUACACUUAGCGACUGAACAAUAUGUGAUAUGGUUUAGAAUAUAUAGAAGUGCAUAUACGAUUUUUUAUCUAAGCGAUAAUUGUCGUUCUCGUGAGAUUGUAAAAGCGCAUCUGGUCAAUAAAUGUGGAAUAUGAAGAUCUGUAAAUUAAAUAUGAAUAUAUUAAUGUAAUAUGUAUAAAAGGAGAGUAAGCGAAUGAUAUAUGCGAGACGAGGACACGCGAAGCACUGCGAAAGAAAUAAAAAGCACUUUUUCACUUUUGAAAUUACAUUGCUCGAGAAAUAAAUAGAUCGCGGAGCUGUAAAUAGAAGCAAUAAACUUAAUGGACAUUUGGGUAGAUUUCUAUUUUCAAUUAAAACGUAUAUAGCUGAUAUUAGCUGAAAUCAACUUUUUACUUUUUUAUAUAAUUCCGUGAACAUUUCCAACCAUCGCGUGUGAUGUUAUAUCGAUCAAAGAGUAUCUCUCGUACAUUGAAAAACUUACGUAACAUCUGCCAACAAAAAUGACUCAAACAGUUUACAAAAGAAUUUAAUGAUCGUUGAACAAUCGAUUUGUAUAAUUGCAGUCAAUAAUUUCAAUAAUUUAAUUUAUCAAUUUGUACAUUAAUUAUAAUUAAAUAUAUGUACUGGAGGCAAACACACUUCGCUGUUACAAUUGUUUGAUUCGAGCAACAACUUGUAAACAACAUAUUAUACAUGAAUAAAUUACUUUUUAUCAACUGUA